UCACUCAAUCCCCUUAACUUUCAUUUCUCUCUGUUUCAGUUUCAACAAUUACUCAUUGACUCUGUUUUUGAUUUUAUUUUUUGCUUUGAAAAAUGGCAGAAGAAAUAUUAUCAAAGAUGAGUUCACUCUCAAUCUCUAAAACUGAACCAGACGCGUCAUCGUCGUCUUCAAUGAUCUCGCUUAUGACAGCUGACGGCGUCAUUUUCGAAAUAGAACCUCUCAUUGCAAAAGAGAUGAAAACCGUUCAAUCUUUCAUCGACGAAACAUCGGACUCAACUUCAACCAUUCCUCUUCCCAACAUCUACAGCGAUCAGCUUCCUUUGAUAAUCGAGUAUUGCAGAAAGCAAAUAUCCGAGAAGAUUACCAAAGAAUUCAAAGCCGAGUUCGUGAAAGAUUUGAACAACGAAGAGGUGAAAGAUCUUUUCCUUGCUGCAAAUUACUUGAACAUGGAUCAUCUUUUCGAUUAUUUGAGUCAGGUAAUUGCGGAUCGAAUUGCGAAUAGAAGUGUGGAGUAUGUGCGGAAAUAUUUUGGAGUUGAAAGUGAUUUUACGCCGGAAGAAGAGGCUACGAUUCGUAAAGAGCGUGCUUGGGCAUUUACGGGAGUCAUUGAAGAUGACGAUGAUUGAAUUUUAUUUCAUCAUAAUUAAAAUUAAAUUAGGAAUUCUUUCUCUAAUUUAUCUUUUUAAAUUAUGAAAUUAAAAUUAUUAAUAAAAUUUGAGUUUGUUUUUGCUAUUACUAGUUUAUGAAUUUGCAAUGGAUUCUUUGCCGUCACAAUUUGCAUUGGUAGUACUUCAAUCGAAUUCGGUCCAAUGAACAUUGGCAGUACUUAUGAAAAAAAAGAAAAAAUUUGAAUUGAUUUCGGUCCAAUGACUUACGAAAUGUUAACCGUGUUAAAUACUCCAAUAGGAGGAAUUCAAAUUCCAAUUUAAUGUUUGUUGAUAUUCAUGGAAUAAAAGUUGAAAACAAAUUUGGCAAAA